AUCGAAAUUAAUUCUUUAUGUUAUGACCGAGUUCUUUAUACUCAAUCAAACGUUUCUCAAGAAAUACAAGAUCAUUGCUCUGGAAGGGAUAUGUAUGUUCUCGUCCCUAGAACAUGCAGUGGAGAAGAAACCAAUGGUGUUGAACCUGAAACCGAAGAUGGAGGUAUAGUUAAGAGAGGUUUAGGAAGAUGGUCGUGCCGCUGGGGAUAUUACUACACAUUAAGAUAUUGUAAGGUCAGAUACUGUUGUUGGUGGUGUAGGCGAUCAUGUUACAAAUACACUCUAUGUUGGGUCAAGGUGAUCUUUUACAAAUGCGGAUAUAACUACUACGGAUAAAUACAAUUAAGACUUGACACAAAAACCGAUUUUUUGAAACAUAUACAUAGUGUGUUUAAUAUCCUGCUUAAGCUACUUAUAUUGAAAAUAACAAUGUAUGUUCCAUUACAUAUCAUUCAUGAUUCAAGAUACCUUGAUAUGUCAAAACUGAUGAUUUGUUAGCAAGAAAAUAUUAUUUAUGACAUUUUAUUUUGAGAAUGGAGAUAAAGACAUAUCAAAUGCUUUGUCUGUUUCUUCUUUUUUCUUCUUCAAUAUUUCAAUGUCAAGCUUGAUGAUAAAUUCAAGUUAUAGUAUUGUAGGAUUUGAAUUGUUUAUUACUGGUCCUAAUUAGCAUAACCUCUUUCAGUUACUUUUCUUUCGGCAUAUGCUUAUUUCAUAUGUAAAGAAUAUUAUUUUACUAUAAUUUUUAGUCGAAAAAUAAAUUAGAAAUAGUUGUUACCAUAGGCGGCUGUUUUUGCUCUAUUUUUCUUCUUUUCAAUCAAUAUAUCUGAUAAAUUAUCUAAACUUUUUUGCAAUUGUCCGAAAUACAUGAUUCUAUGCACAUGUGUGGUAUAUCAAAUAGUAGCAUUUGGUUAAAGGUAUCCUUAUCAACAUUUGGAAUUGGGCCCAUAAUAGUACCGUUUUUCUAAUUUUAGUAUUUUAGAUUGUUUUAUCAAACUAACUGUUCAAUUGUUCUUAUGCUUUCGCUUAACCUUAAUUAUCAUCCUCAAAAUUUUAUAACUUUGCUGUGUAUGUGUGCCGCAUGAAAUCUAAAAUUAAAUUAAUUCUUUCAGCGUU